GCAGAGAUGUUCUUGGCAUCCUGCCCAGAACCCAAGACCUUCCAGUCCUGCAGUCAGUCCUCGGAGGACAAGUUCGGGGCUGCAUGCGCCCCCACCUGCCAGAUGCUGGCCACGGGCAUCGCCUGUGUACCCACCAAGUGUGAAUCCGGCUGUGCCUGCCCCAAGGGGCUCUAUGAGGACAGUAAUGGGCAGUGUGUACCUGCAGAGGAGUGCCCGUGUGAAUUUUCAGGGGUCUCCUACCCUGGGGGUGCAGAGCUCCAUACCGACUGUAAAACCUGUACCUGCUCACACGGGAGCUGGACUUGCCAGCAGAGCGCACAGUGUCCAUCCACCUGCGUCCUCUACGGAGAAGGCCACAUCAUCACUUUUGAUGGACAGCGCUUUGUGUUCGACGGCAACUGCGAGUACACCCUGGCCACGGAUGACUGUGGCACCAACAGCUCGCAGCCUACCUUCAAGGUCCUGACAGAGAAUGUCAUCUGCGGAAAGUCGGGGGUCACCUGCUCCCGAGCCAUCAAGAUCUUCACGGGCGGCCUGUCCAUCACAAUGGCAGACAGAAACUACACAGUCAGUGGGGAGGAGCCUUUGGUGCACCUUCAGGUGAAGCCCAGUCCACUGAACCUCGUCCUGGACAUGAGCAUCCCCGGGAGGUUCAACCUGACACUUGUGUGGAACAAGCACAUGAGCAUCUCAAUUAAGAUCCAGCGUGACGCUCAGGAUGCCCUCUGUGGCUUGUGUGGUAACUCCAACGGGAACAUGAAAGAUGACUUUGAGACACGCAGCAAGUACGUGGCAUCCAGCGAGCUGGAGUUUGUGAACUCAUGGAAGGAAAGCCCACUGUGUGGAGAUGUGAGCUACAUGGUGGAGCCUUGCAGCCAGAACACCUUCCGCCUCUCCUGGGCCGAACGCAAGUGCAGCAUUAUUAACAGUCAGACCUUUGCUGCCUGCCACAGCAAG